AUGUCAUGCACGAAAGAAACCUUGCAGCAGCAAAGUCAGAGUUCCUGCAUAGGUGAACAAAACACCCAGGAUAAUAAAUUGUAUUGUAAUAAAGUUAAUGAUGAAAAGAAGAAUUUAUUAUCAUUGCCUGAGAACAAACCCACACAAUGUGUUGCUUCCCCACUCAAUAGAUCUAACGUUUCUCAUAAAAAAUCCCGUAAAAACAACAAGGAUAGUAAAUGUGUGGAAGUGACUGAAACCGUACCACUAAUAGUGAAAGGGAAGAAGAGUGAAAUGAGAUCUUCUCACCACUCAUUAGAUGUGAAGAAUGACGUGAGUGAGUCGCUAAUCACGACUACAAAUUCGGACGAAUGUGUGGUUAAUGCUACGGUAAAUGACAAACAAACGUGUAUGCAACCCCAACCGCAGUUAUCGUUUCCAACAGAGACAACAACAAAAGAAAAAAUUUCAUUUUCUCAGGUGGAGUCACGUCCACUGGAGACUGCAGGGUGUUCCACCUCGUCCCCGAGGCCAAUGAGUGUUAAUUUAAACGAAAUGAGUGAAAAAGAAGAAGAAGAGCCAAAUUCCCCUUCUGAGAAUACAGGAGCCAAGGGGGAUUGUACAAUGGAUACUUCUGAGAAGAGAAACAAAGAUAUUGUUUCUACCCGUAUUCCUCCUUCUCUCACCACCAAUCAGAUGAUUUGUGUUGUAACUAAUCAACCCAUGAAACCAAAUAAUCAAGAAAUGUUGUGUAAUUCUGCUCAACAAGUGCCUUCAAAAAGGCAUUCUUGUUCUACACGGUCCUCUAUUUCAUCUUGUUCGACUUGUGAAUAUGCACGCGAAUAUAGCGGUUCAAGAAGUUAUAGCAGUUAUAGCACUACUGAGAGUAGUUUUGAAAGUAAUUCUCAUACUAUUUAUAGUAGUUUAUCUCGUACAACUUUUGAGAGGUCCAGUAGCGAUUCUAGAAUAAUAGGUGGUAGUGAUAGUAGUAGUAGUAGUACUAAUGGUAGUAAUAACUACAGUGAUUCUUGUUAUAGUAGUUAUGACACCAGAAGUAGUAGUAGUAGUAGUAGUAGUAGUAGAAGUAGAAGUAGUAAUAGCAGAAUAAAGGCAAAAAAAGAAGUACCUGCAAUUAUUCCUUUAAAAAAUGGUUCUGUAGAUGCCUUACCAUUAGGGGCAUUUAUUGAUCUUCACUACAGAUUUUGUUUAAAAGCUCAUUUGAAUAUAUAUUCUGAAUCAGCAAUAGUAUAUGAAUGGGAUACAACUCAUGGUGUAUGGACUACUGUGAAGACUUCUGUUGUUAUUUUUCCUACUCCUUUCGCUCAUGGUGAUAUGCGGGCUUCGUACUACGUAAUAGAUCUCAACCGAUUAAAUUGCAAGAUGGUAGCUAAACGUUAUCGUUACUCCUCUGUGAAAGAGACUCAAUAUUUUGAUGACGUCUCAAUGCAUACAAUAGCUAAUCAUUGGGCUAAAAAGUUUAAUAGUUGCAUGCCGCCUAAACCAGUAUAUUUUCUUCCAGCCGUUGUUAUGGAGCUGAUAGACCGUAAACCAUCAUUGUUUUUUGCAGUAGAGCCUCAAUUAGAUGGAAAUUAUACAAAAUACAAUAAUAAUAGUGGUUAUGUACCAGAUGAAGCACGAUGGACUCCACAGGCAUUUUCCCAUUUUUCAUAUCAUGCUAGCCAAAGAAAAUUGAUGAUUGUAGAUAUUCAAGGUGUGAAUGAUAUUUAUACGGAUCCACAAAUAUUAACCUUUGAUGGCAAAGGUUACGGUCGCGGUAAUCUUGGAAGAGAGGGGAUGCGUCUUUUUAUUCGUUCUCAUAAGUGCAAUGGAGUAUGUCACAUGAUUGGAAUUCCACCAUUAAGCUACACUAGGGAUAUUGUAAAUAAACUUCCUAUGAGGAAUAAUGCAAUGAUACGUACUGUACCUUCUCAAGAGAAUGAUGAGGGUGAAACAACUGAGAUUUUACCACCCCGAUCACAUGGUUCAAAAUCGUCAAGUUUUUAUCGCCGGCCAUUAGCACAACGAAGUCUACCUGAUGGCAUUACAAUAUAUUCUUCCGAAUUGCCAAUGCCUGUUAGAACGAAUCGUAGAUAUAUCGGUUUUUUGAGGCGAAUGCGUAUAUAUUUAUUUCGACGCUUUACUUUUGAUCGCAAUUCACUACAAAAAAAUGCUGUUCAGAGACAGCAAAGUUCUUAA